AUGCCUUCACCGACAGACCAGAAUCAUACAAAUAUUAAUUCUUCAAAUAAAGAUUCUUCUGAUGUACCUAAAGAAAGCACCAUCGAUGAUACGACAAUUGUAGAUGAUACGUGUGAUGUCACUCGUAAUGAAUCCGAUGUGGGCGCGAGCACAACUUCUUCCCCAUCUCAAGUUACUACAUCAUUUUUCUCUGAUGGACGUGUCACUACCGCUUCCUCCACACCCGCUGUAGCUUCAUCAAACGACCCUCAAAACUCUACUGUUCCUGUUACUCAAAAACCUCAAAAAACUCCAAAACAAUCUUCUAAUAGACCCACUAGAAAAACUAGAGGUGCGCCUAAAAC